UGACCAACCAGCAAUAAAAGUGCUUACAGGAACAGUUUGCAGAAGAGCUAUAAAAAUGAUGAUAGCUAAAAUUUCCCCCGCUGUUUACCACAGUAAAGAGUCACAUAGCUUUCCGCGUUGCUCACUGGAACUGAAGAACACAUUCGUCUUGACAUGGCAUAUAACCAAACGCAUCGGCUUUUAUGUGUUAAUCACAUCUAUAAGUAGAAACUACCAUUAUGAUUCUACAACAUAUGGAUGACACCAGAGCAUUGGAUGGUAAUAACACGGCUCCUCAGAACAAUGGUACCAUCAGCGUAGACCACAUUGAAGAGAUCAUCAGAUGGAUCACAUUUGCUGUUGGGCUUCCUGGCAUUGGCUUUUCUAUCUACCUCAUGGGCAUGCAAGCAAAAAAUGGCAAGGCCGCUCCUGUCUACCUAAUAAGCCUGCUCGCAUCCGAUAUCUUCAACAUCCUGGGGCGGCCGAAAGCAUCUGCGGAGGACGCUCAGAAAACCAGCAUACAGAAUACAGACAUAUCGUCCUUGAUAUUCUACUUUGGGAUCAUAUCCAACAUCGUGUUCAUGGUCUGUGUUGCUCAGGAGCGAUAUCUGUUGGUAACUUGUCCACGAUAUAAUGCCUUCUGCAUGAAACUCAAGCAGUCAAGCAUGAUUUCGCUGGCCGUGUGGGCAGCUCCGUUUGCAAUACUCUUCCUGGCUUACCAAGGAUACGUAGUCUUAUUCUCAAUAGCUCUUCUUCUCCCGCUGCCAUUCCUGGGAUUUUUCUUUUUGGAUUCUUUUAGAGCCUUAUGGUGUACAAGACGGCCAGCACCUGUGACUAACAGAAACAAGAUUCUGGGUAUGCAGGCAGUCAUCUUGUGCAAUUACAGUAUGCUUUACCUUCCCUUUAUCCUGAAUACUCUGCUCAAAGCAUUGGCUUUAAGCUCCUAUGUACGCUACUUGGAACUUAUAUCUGAUCUUCUUCUCUAUCUUGGACCGCUGGUGGACCCAUUCCUCUCAAUCUUUCUUACGAAUGGAAUAGGUGACAUUUUGAAGGCCUUUCCCUGCUGCGUGAGGAAAAACACACAGGAGGAAACCGACUCGGUGAAUACAGACACGGUGGAAACAGUAUCUGGGAUUUUAACACGACUCUAAGAAAAAAAAGAAAAUGGAUCUGAUAAGAGAUCAUUUUGAUUGUUAGAAGCUUUGUAAUAGGCCUAGUUUACACAAAAAUGUUUACUUAAAUUCUGUCAUUAUUCAGUUUAUGUCAUUUUGUUUGUUUUCAGACUACAGUUUGUGGGUGCCCCCCUGGAGUUAAUAAAACUGUUCACAUUAUCCAAAAGAACCCAGGUGGGCAUCAAAGGUGAAAAUCCCUUCAAAGUUCAUAUAACUGAAGUCAACAGAUUUGGUUUUAGUUACUAACGUUAAAAAAAAAUAACAAAUGCCACUUGUGCUGUAUAUUCUAAGUUGCCUGAAGAUGUGUGAUAAAUUUUUGUGUGAACAGAAUAAAUUCAAAUCUUGACUAAAAA